UCCCGGCUCCACCUCCGACCCGAAACUCCGCCAGCCGCCGCCAUGAGUAGUUUUGGAGCUGGGAAAACCAAAGAAGUUAUCUUCAGCAUGGAGGAGGGGUCUGUGAAGAUGUUUCUGAGAGGCCGCCCGGUGCCCAUGCUGAUCCCAGACGAGGUGGCACCCGCCUAUAGCCUGGACACCCGCUCUGAGCUGCCCUCCAGCCGCCUAAGGCUAGACUGGGUCUAUGGCUAUCGAGGCCGGGACUGCAGGGCUAACCUUUACCUGCUGCCCACCGGGGAGGUGGUGUACUUUGUGGCUUCCGUGGCUGUGCUGUACAGUGUGGAAGAGCAGCGACAGCGGCACUACCUGGGGCACAGCGACGACAUCAAAUGUCUGGCUGUCCACCCGGAUAUGGUCACCAUUGCCACAGGACAGGUGGCAGGCACCACAAAGGAAGGCAAGCCUCUGCCACCCCAUGUGCGUGUCUGGGACUCAGUUUCCCUGUCUACCCUCCAUGUCCUGGGCCUUGGGGUGUUUGACAGAGCUGUGUGCUGUGUGGCUUUCUCCAAAUCCAAUGGGGGCAACCUGCUCUGUGCAGUGGACGAAUCCAACGAUCAUGUGCUCUCCGUGUGGGACUGGGCCAAGGAGAGCAAAGUGGUGGAUAGCAAGUGCUCCAAUGAGGCCGUGCUGGUGGCCACCUUCCACCCCACUGAUCCCAGCCUGCUCAUCACCUGUGGGAAGUCCCACAUCUACUUCUGGAGCCUGGAAGGAGGAAGCCUGAGCAAGAGGCAGGGCUUGUUUGAGAAACACGAGAAACCAAAGUAUGUGCUGUGUGUCACCUUCUUGGAAGGUGGUGAUGUGGUCACUGGAGACUCUGGGGGGAACAUCUACAUCUGGGGCAAAGGUGGAAACCGCAUCACCCAGGAGGUACUGGGAGCCCAUGAUGGCGGCGUGUUUGGGCUCUGCGCCCUGCGGGACGGGACGCUGGUAUCUGGAGGGGGCCGCGAUCGUCGGGUGGUCCUAUGGGGUUCGGACUACAGCAAGAUGCAGGAGGUGGAGGUCCCGGAGGACUUUGGCCCUGUACGCACUAUAGCAGAAGGCCGGGGAGACACACUGUACGUGGGGACCACCCGUAACUCCAUCUUGCUUGGCUCGGUGCACACUGGCUUCUCACUGCUUGUCCAGGGACACGUGGAAGAGCUGUGGGGCCUGGCCACGCAUCCUAGCCGGGCACAGUUUGUGACCUGUGGGCAGGAUAAGCUGGUGCAUCUGUGGAGUUCAGAGGCCCACCAACCCCUGUGGAGCAGGACCAUUGAGGACCCUGCCCGUUCAGCUGGCUUUCAUCCCAGCGGCUCUGUCCUGGCAGUGGGCACAGUGACCGGCAGGUGGUUGCUACUGGACACAGACACCCAUGACCUGGUGGCUAUCCACACAGAUGGGAAUGAGCAGAUCUCCGUGGUCAGCUUUUCCCCAGACGGGGCGUACCUGGCUGUGGGCUCCCACGACAACUUGGUGUACGUGUACACGGUGGACCAGGGUGGCCGCAAGGUCAGCCGCCUGGGCAAGUGCUCGGGCCAUUCCAGUUUUAUCACCCACCUGGAUUGGGCCCAGGACAGCACCUGCUUUGUCACCAACUCCGGAGACUACGAGAUUCUGUACUGGGAUGCCGCCACCUGUAAGCAGAUCACCAGCACAGAUGCCGUGAGAAAUGUGGAGUGGGCUACCGCUACUUGUGUGUUGGGGUUUGGGGUGUUCGGGAUCUGGCCCGAGGGGGCAGAUGGCACAGACAUCAACGCUGUGGCCCGCUCUCAUGAUGGGAAGCUGCUGGCUUCUGCUGAUGACUUUGGCAAAGUGCACCUGUUCAGCUAUCCCUGCUGUCAGCCCAGAGCCCUCAGCCACAAAUACGGUGGACACAGCAGUCAUGUGACCAAUGUGGCCUUCUUGUGGGACGACAGCAUGGCCCUGACCACUGGGGGCAAAGACACAAGUGUGCUACAGUGGCGUGUAGUCUGAAACAAGGGUGUGGGGCCAGGGUAGAGUCCUGUGCCAGGACUGAGUUCUAUUUUUGGGAGAUGUCUAUUGCGGAGUAGAGUAAUAUAUACCCAGAGUAUGUCUAUAGAGAGCGGCUUAUGGGGGUAGGCGGGUGAGUGGACAGACAGGAGUCUCUAUUUAUCUGGGUGGGAAGAGUGGGUUGGGGAAGCCAUUGGGUGUUUGGUUUGGGU